CGUUGCUUUCUCACGUGAAGAGUGCGUCACUUCCCUAAACACGCUAGGAAACCGGUGAAACGGGAAGCUGCGCAGAUAAGAAAUUAGUCUGAGCGCAAUAGUUAACCAGCGGAAAUGGAAGAAAGGAAAAUCAAGAGGAGGAGCCCCAAAUCAUCCAGUAGUCACCCAACUCAGGUUGCUAAUGCCAAGAAAAAUUCUGUGCCGGUCAGUAAAAGUACAGCAUUUUCAAAUCCUGCACCACAAGCAAAUUCACAAAGACCAAAGUUAAAAAGAGGAAUAAAAGAAAAAGCCAAACCUCCAGGAGGGGAAGGAAAAGGGGCACAGGCAGCUCCAAUACAGCACUCUUUUCUCACAGAUGUAUCAGAUGUGCAAGAGAUGGAGAGGGGACUUCUGAGCCUUCUAAAUGAUUUCCACUCUGGCAAACUUCAAGCAUUCGGAAAUGAGUGUUCCAUAGAACAGAUGGAACAUGUGCGGGGGAUGCAGGAGAAGCUAGCUCGCUUGAAUUUGGAACUCUAUGGGGAGUUGGAAGAACUUCCUGAAGAUAAAAGAAAACUUGCCAGUGACUCCAAUUUGGAUAGGCUGCUAUCAGAUCUGGAAGAACUGAAUUCUUCUAUACAAAAACUUCAUUUAGCAGAUGCACAAGAUAUCCCAAAUACCUCCACCAGCUAAAAGUGUAGAUUUUUUUGAUUUAGAGACCUCUCCAAGAAGUCAUGUCUUUAUUUUUCCAAUGGAAUCUAGAUUCUUACUCAUUUUCCACAACAAAAAAUUAAAAUGCAAAUGCAAGUGAUUAUUUUCACACAUUCCUGUUAGCAGAUUUGAGCACUGCGCUAUAUCAGGGUUGGAAUCUAUUGAUCUAACUGCAAUGGUGUGCUGCUAUGCUUUGUAUUAAUGCCUUAUUUAAUAUAAAGUGUUUGGGGAAAACUUGAAAGUACAUUCUCAGUGUUGUUCAUAUAUCUGUUGGAUUUAUAUAUGUACAUAUUAUAUGUUCACUAACAUUACUCCAAUUUUGACAAAGCUAGCAGUGACGUUUUUUUGUAGCUGCCUUCCUGCCUAGUAUGUAGACAAUCUGAACACCCUUUAGAGUGUUUUGUUCACCAUUAAAUUAUGCCAUACACUAUGUUAAAAAGUGUAGCAUCUGUUUAAUUAUGGUCAGAGAAAGAGCUCUUGUAUGGUCUCAAUUUUUACAAAGUCAAUUUUUUCCCUUGCUCUGUCAACCACUUUAAAAUUUCACCCAGUUAGAAUUGGAAUACAUACUGGAAGUCCAUGUCAUUUGGCUUUGACAAUUUUGAAUUUUCAGCAAUACUUAAACACUGUCACUCCAUAAUAAAUCCAUU